AUGGCCGCGAACGUGCUUCAAAGCUAUAUUGUGGCUGGACUUCACAAUGCCGCUGCGAAGUUGCCUUCCUCAGCGCAGCCGUACGCAAUGGCGCUGAUGCGCGAGGAUAUGAUAUUAAACACGUUGACGAUUGCCACUGUGACGGCUGUCAUUCUGUACAUCGUCAUCACAGUCGUGCUACCCGGGAUGCGCAUGGACUUUUAUCUGUCAAAGCUGCCCACCGUUAAGAACGGCGUUCCAUUUCUGGGACACGCCCUGCUGCUAGCUGGCCCCUCCCCGUGGUCGAAAAUGUCGAACUGGAGUCUGUAUCCCGAGAAGAACCUUCCUCAAAAGAAAAAGGAUAUCAACGCCCCUCAGACAAGCCGCCUGGUGACAUACAACGUUGCUGGCAUGCGUGUGAUUUACAUCAAUGAGCCUCGUCUGCUGCGUCGCGUACUUCUUACGCACCAACGCAACUACCGCAAAGCUCUUGCGGCAGCGUAUAAACACUUCAUGUGUCUCCUCGGCACUGGCCUCGUCACCUCGGAGGAUGAGCAGUGGAAGAAGAGACGCCUGCUGCUGUCGCAUGCGAUGCGCAUCGACAUUCUAGAUAGCAUUCCUGAAAUGGCCAUAAGGGCAGUCGAUCGCAUUCUGCAGAAGCUCGACGCGGUUGGCGCCAAUAACCCGUUUGUGGACUUGAAUGAGGAGUACCGCCAUAUGACACUGCAGGUGAUCAGCGAGACUGCGCUGUCACUCUCCGCGGAAGAGGCCGACCGCAUCUUUCCGACUCUCUAUUUGCCCAUUGUGCACGAGUGCAACAGGCGUGUGUGGGCACCAUGGCGCGCUUACAUGCCUUUCCUACACGGCUCGCGCCAGCGUAACCACUGCCUCUCCGAGUUGAACAAGGCACUGAGAGACAUCAUCUGCAGCCGAUGGGAACAGCGCAAGGACUCGAAGUACGCGAAGAGGCCCGACAUACUGGCAUUGUGCAUUUCACAGAUCGACCACGUCGACGAAAAGGUCAUCGUGGAGCUCAUCGAUGAUGUGAAGACAAUCUUGCUUGCCGGUCACGAAACGUCGGCCGCGCUGCUGACGUGGGCCACCUACGAGGUUCUGCGCCACCCAGAGAUCCGUCAAAAGGUAUUGGAGGAGGCCACGCGCCUCUUCGACCCCGCCCGCUGCACGGAGCGCGUACAGACUCGCUACGGUCCUCGUGGUGUGCCGGCGGUCGCUGACGUGCGCGACCUGGUGUGGACACCUGCAGUGCUGCGCGAAACGCUGCGGCGGCACAAUGUAGUGCCUUUGGUGAUGCGAUACGCAGCGAAGGAUGACGUCUGGCUUGCGGCCGAUACCGGUCUCGACGCCGACGUCCGCAUUCCCGCUGGCUGCACGAUUGCUGUUGGCAUCGAGGGUGUGCACAGCAACCCCGAUGUGUGGAACAAGCCAGAGGUAUUCGAUCCGACCCGGUUCAUUGAUGCCGAGAUCGCUAACGACAGCAACUACCUGAAUCAAAGCAGCAAGGAUGUAAAGUUCACCAAAAAGAUCGACCCGUACGCCUUCAUUCCCUUUAUCAACGGCCCCCGCAACUGUCUCGGGCAGCAUCUCUCGAUGAUCGAGACGCAAGUUGCCUUAGCGUAUAUGGUGCUUAACUACAACCUCAAGAUUUACCGCGACCCUUCGUACAAGGGCGAAAUUGUGGCGUACGAGGAUAGCGUUGGUCGCCAUCACGACUUCAUCAUCCCACAGGUUCCGCACGAUGGGCUGAAGGUGUGGGGUACACCGAACAAGCUGUUCAUGUGA